UCUCCCACGUCUCGCGUUUCCGAAGUACUUAACUCUUUCUCGCGCUAGGAGUGAUCUCAUCCCCUUCUCCUUCUCCUUGCCCCAUAUUAAAAUCUCUGCAAUCUCGCGCAGAGAGAGAGAGAGUGAGUAGAGAGAACGAGCGAGCGAGCGAGGAUGGCUACCACCCUCAAUUCCUUCCUCUAUGGCACCCAAUUCCGACACCCUCGUGCCGCUCUGCCCUUUUCUUCACCCUCCUCGAGUUUCAGAAGAUCUCGCCCUUAUCUCCUUCCUCUAGCUCUUGCCCAAGAUGUCACUCCUCCGCCAACGCCGCCACCCAUGGAGACCACCACCAUUCAGCAGCAGCAACAGCUGACGAGCACCGCCUCGCCCUUCUCUCAGUCCCUCCUCGUCGCCCCUAAACCGCAGUCCCAGUCUCCUGCCUCCGACAUCCCCGACGGUUCUCAAUGGCGCUACAGCGAGUUCCUCAAUGCCGUCAAGAAGGGCAAGGUGGAGCGCGUUCGCUUCAGCAAAGACGGCUCCGCGCUUCAGCUCACCGCCGUGGACGGUCGCCGCGCCACCGUCGUGGUCCCCAACGACCCCGACCUGAUUGACAUCCUCGCGAUGAACGGUGUCGACAUCUCCGUCUCUGAGGGUGAAUCCGGAAACGGCCUCCUUAAUUUCAUCGGUAACCUCCUCUUCCCGCUGCUCGCCUUCGGCGGCCUAUUCCUCCUCUUCCGCCGGGCGCAGGGUGGCCCUGGUGGCCCCGGCGGGCUCGGCGGCCCGAUGGACUUCGGCCGGUCGAAGUCCAAGUUCCAGGAAGUGCCGGAGACCGGCGUCACCUUCGCCGACGUAGCGGGCGCCGACCAGGCGAAGCUCGAGCUCCAGGAGGUAGUGGAUUUUCUCAAGAACCCAGAUAAGUACACCGCUCUCGGGGCCAAGAUCCCCAAGGGCUGCCUCCUUGUCGGUCCGCCCGGCACCGGUAAGACCCUCCUUGCGAGGGCCGUCGCGGGGGAGGCUGGCGUCCCUUUCUUCUCCUGCGCUGCUUCUGAAUUCGUUGAGCUAUUCGUUGGUGUCGGUGCUUCGAGAGUCAGGGACCUCUUCGAGAAGGCGAAGUCCAAGGCUCCCUGCAUCGUCUUCAUUGAUGAGAUUGAUGCUGUUGGGAGGCAGCGAGGGGCAGGGCUUGGCGGUGGGAAUGACGAGAGGGAGCAAACGAUCAAUCAAUUGCUCACGGAGAUGGAUGGGUUCUCAGGGAACAGUGGAGUCAUCGUCCUCGCUGCGACAAAUAGGCCGGACGUCCUCGACGCGGCAUUGCUCAGGCCGGGGAGGUUUGAUCGACAGGUCACCGUCGAUAGGCCUGAUGUUGCAGGGAGAGUGAAGAUCCUUCAGGUACACUCAAGAGGCAAAGCUCUUGCAAAGGAUGUGGACUUUGAGAAAAUUGCGAGGAGGACACCAGGAUUCACAGGCGCUGAUCUGCAAAACCUUAUGAAUGAAGCUGCCAUUCUUGCAGCACGACGUGAUCUUAAGGAGAUAAGCAAAGAUGAAAUUUCUGAUGCUUUGGAGAGGAUAAUUGCUGGACCUGAGAAGAAAAAUGCUGUGGUUUCUGAUGAAAAGAAGAAGCUCGUGGCAUAUCAUGAAGCUGGUCAUGCAUUAGUUGGUGCUCUUAUGCCUGAAUAUGAUCCUGUUGCAAAGAUUUCGAUCAUUCCUCGUGGCCAAGCUGGUGGAUUGACAUUCUUUGCUCCAAGUGAAGAACGCCUCGAGUCUGGACUCUACAGCAGGAGCUACCUGGAGAAUCAAAUGGCAGUUGCCCUUGGUGGGAGAGUGGCAGAGGAGGUCAUAUUCGGGAAGGAGAACGUAACUACAGGAGCAUCAAAUGACUUCAUGCAAGUAUCCAGGGUGGCGAGGCAGAUGGUUGAGAGAUUCGGGUUCAGUAAAAAAAUUGGGCAGGUUGCUAUCGGAGGACCUGGUGGGAACCCUUUCUUGGGACAGCAGAUGUCUUCUCAGAAAGACUACUCCAUGGCAACUGCGGAUAUUGUUGAUGCAGAGGUCAGGGAGCUUGUAGAGAGAGCAUAUACCAGAGCGCAGCAGAUCAUCACAACUCAUAUAGACAUUCUCCACAAGCUCGCACAACUUCUGAUAGAAAAGGAGACUGUUGAUGGAGAGGAAUUCAUGAGCCUUUUCAUAGAUGGCAAGGCUGAACUGUUCGUUGCUUGAGUUAAAUUUAGUUUUAGUCACAUGUACCAUAUACGUUCAGUUGUAUUGCUCUACACGAAUGGAAAAUGCACUGCAUUAAGGGGAAAACCAGCCUCGUCUAUUUUA